CUUUUACUUGAUCUUGAUGUAACCGGUGUUUUCAACAAAUUCUACUCUAUCCAACAGUCCCAUUGCAGCAGCAACAUUGAGUUACCACAUAGUGUAAAACCAUGAUGUUAUGUUGAGAAGUAUUUUGUACCUGAUCCAUAAACAGUGGCCUGAUAAACCUUUGGCUUUGAAGUUUAUGUACAGAAGAUACUGUGUGACUGCAAGUGAAAACAGCAGCAUGGAGCUUCAAAAUGUUCUUAAACAGUUACGCAAACUAGCUUCUCCGUCCCUGGCAGGAUCUUGGGAUAAUGUCGGACUCCUCGUAGAGCCAUCAGCCCCGCACAAAGUUAGCACCAUUUUCCUUACCAACGAUCUUACCCCACCGGUUCUUGACGAGGCCAUCAAACGUAACUCAGAUAUGAUUAUAUCUUAUCAUCCACCAAUUUUCUCUGGUAUGAAAAAACUGGUACAGAAACAAUGGAAGGAUAAGAUUAUUAUAAGAUGUAUCAAGAACAAAAUUGCUGUUUAUUCGCCACAUACAAGUUACGAUUGUGUAGAGGGUGGGGUCAAUGACUGGCUCAUCAGCUGUUUUGAUUGUAAGUCAGUGGAGCCUGUAGAACAGCAUGAAGAUUUUCUCACAUGUCACACCCACCAGGUGGAGCUUGAUGUCGCAGCUGAACAUACCCAGCUAUUGAGGGAGGCAUUUAAAGCUGAACAACAAGUUAAAAUUACAGAAUGUAGAGAAAGAUCAGAUGGUAAGCACCACUUAUCUGUUCAUUGUACAAAAUCUUCCUUAAAGAGGGUGAUGUCAAUAUUACAAGAUAAAAUGGAUUCUGUAAAGAAUUUACAGAUAACAAACCUAGAAAAGGCACCUACAUUGGGUUAUGGUAUGGGUCGCAAAGCUAAGCUCAACAACAGUAUAUCACUAGACGAGGCUGUACAACUUGUGAAAAAACAUCUCAAACUAGAUCGUGUGCGUCUCGCUAAAUCUCCAGGUGUAGAGGCAGUAUCAAGUGUGGCAGUUUGUGCGGGCUCGGGUGGAAGUGUUCUACGUAAUGUCACAGCAGAUCUGUAUGUGACGGGUGAAAUGUCACAUCACGAGGUUCUCCAUGCUGUGUAUAAUAACUCAGCGGUGAUAUUAUGUGAUCAUAGCAACACUGAACGGGGAUAUUUAACUGUGUUAAAAUCUAAACUGGAAGAAUGCCUUGAUAGUAAAACUAAUGUUGUCAUAACAGAAGUUGAUCGAGAUCCUUUAGAGAUUGUUUAAUGAAUAUUGUUAUUAAAGUAAUAUAUUAAUCAUUAUUAAAGUAAAUUUUGUUUGCAGAAAAUUUUCACAUUAUUGACUGUGUUACUGUGUACACAGUUUUGAUAUGAAAAAUACCAUUUCAUGAAUAAAUAUGAUCUUCAAAGCUUUA